GGUCACUCAAAUCGAAUCCCAUGCAAGAAGCCCAUGCAUAAUUAAAGUUUGAGAAAUCUGGAGUCUGACUUUUCAUUCACACGGCUCAGAGAUUCUUCCCUGUUAUUGGAAGCUUCUUCAAUUCAGAGCUUUUCUAAUUCCAUCUCCAUUCAUCAUACAAAUCCAAAGUUAGGGUUUUUAUUUUCUCCCAAAAACUCCAAUGGAUUUCCAGAAGAAGAGAAUCCAAUCACUGCUCUUCAUUGUUGGCAUCAUCGUCCUCAGUAUCACAGGUUUACAGAGAUAUAUCUGAAAAAUGUCGGCAACUGGUUGGGGAAGAGAGUUCAUCUCAGAGUGGGAAGUUUACAUUCUUGAACUGCUUUGACAUGAGUUCCGGAACACUAGCUUGUUCUGUCAAAGAGGGAGUGAAGCUCUAUGUUAACAACAUCAGAGCUUCUCAUGUUGAGACGAUGAGGCAUAAAGCAAUUGGAAGUGCAUUGGCUGAUGCAUUGUCGCAGGGGAUAUCGGCUAAAGAUGCAGCCAAACAAGCACAGAAGGCAGGAGCAAAGGCAGCGAAACUGGCAACACGGCAAGCCAAGCGGAUAAUAGGUCCUAUCAUCUCUUCUGGAUGGGACUUCUCUGAAGCUAUGUACUACGGUGGUGCAAUAACAGAAGGGAGUGUCAGGGGCACCGGAACCAUGUUUGGCACCUAUGCUGGAGGGUUUCUAGGAGAGCAACGGCUUGGGAGAUUUGGUUACCUUGUGGGAAGUCAAUUGGGCAGUUGGGUCGGAGGUAGAAUUGGAUUGAUGGUCUAUGAUGUGAUUAACGCGGCGAAUUACAUACUCCAAUUUGGUAUACCCGAACAAAGUGAAGCUCGUGAAACUUCCGCUUACGAAGCCCCCGCGAAUGAGAACCCUGAAGCUGAAGCCUAUGAAUCUUCCACCUAUGAGAACUCCCAAACAUAUGAACAUUCUGAACUGAGGUGAACGAAAUGAAAUAUGGUCGUUCCUUUGCUUCUUUUCGCUCAA